AUGAAUUUUGACGAUUACGCGCGCCAAAUAACCUUAAAAUAUCGCGUAGCCCUCGCAAUUGCUAUAAUAAAAAACAAACCCGAUAAUAUAUCAUUAGAUCAGUACAUAAAUAGAUUAAGAAACCAAAUCGAUGAAAUAGAUAUGGAAUACGAUUCGGAUAUGACAAUAUGCAGUGAUGAUUUUCGAUUCGACGAUGAUAAUGACAAUCACGAAAAUAAAGACCAUUUUAUUGAUGAACAAAAUAUAAACGUUAAUGAUGUUCGAGACAACAUAUUAGAUGUGACUCAGGAAACGAAUAUUAGUAAUAAUAUUCUAGAAGGUUUUGAAUUAGAUAAGUUUGUGCACGAAAAUGACGGUGAUUCGGGAAAUAUUAAUCCGGUUUCACAAGUUUUAAAUCUGUUCAAAGAAGUUGAGUUACCUAAUCAUAAGAAUGUUACAUUCUGCCACGACGACGUACAAAACGAUGAACGCGAAUCCAUCAAUCCGAGCACUGCAAAUUAUAAACAAAUCGAUAUUACAGAAUAUAAUUUAGAUCAAAACCUAACGAUUAACGAUCCUAAUAAAGACACGUAUGACUCUCAGCAAACUCAGUUAUAUAGUUUCCACGGAUUCACCGAUAACUAUACCCAUGUCAGUCAAAGUCAAUCUGAACAAAUGAACAUACCAAAAAAUCAUUUGUUUAAAGUAAAAUUAAAAAGCAAUAUAUCAGAAAAUGGGAACGAAACACAGGAAAAACAAUUUGAAAAUGUUGCUGAAACAGAAUUACCGCACGACGCAAAUUUAAGAGUAAAUAACGAUGAACUAUUUAAUUUAACAAACAAUUGUCAAAGUACUGUUGUAACUAACAAACACACAAUUAUUAAUAACAAUAAUGUUAAUUAUUCUGAUAAUUUAAAUGUAAUCACUGACUUCAAUCAAAGCCUUAAACAAAAAGUAACUGAUACUCAAGAUGUGGUCGUAAUGGACGACGAUGAAGCGGACAACGUAGAUAAUUCUCAAACAGAAAUAGUUUCUUUCAAAGUGAUAGAGGAGUUGAACAGGAUAAAAAUGUUUUUAAAUAAAAAAGACAAAGGUUCAAUAGAUGGUUAUGUCACAGAUUCUGGAUAUAAGAGCGACUCGCAAAGUAGGAGUUCUUUUAAAGGAUCUAUGCACAUACCUGACACGUGGGUCAACCAAUCGGCGCACUGCCUCCUGAAUUUCGUUAAAAGUUGUCCCAUGGUUUUAAGAACAAGAGAAAUCACCAAUGAAAUAUCUUGCGUGUUAGGUCGUCUCAUAGAUAAGUUGCACGAGGACGAGAAAUACCCAUCGUUUCUAGAAGACGUUUUGGAAACAGUGGAGUCUUUACUCCGGGAGGUUCACGAAGAAAAUAACUACGUAGAAGACGUGAUUUUCGAAAAAGACGAUAAAAUCAACCGACUGUUCCUUCUUAAUCGAUCCUACCAUAUAAUAAAAUUUACAAUCGAAAAAAUAACAACUAUAUUAGAAAAUUUCUAUUCCCAAAUCAAAGACGAUUCGUUAUUUGAAAUAAAUAAUACAGCGGAAAUUGAAAAUUUCAAUUACAUAUUUUAUAUACUUGAAAAUUUAUUAAAAAGACAUUCUGUGACUAAGGCAAUGUUGAGUCAAACCAGUACGCAGACUUCACAGGACGAUGAAAAGUUGUUAAAAAGAAGCUCUAUAACUGAUAUAUGGCGAAAAAAAUGGAAUCCCAAUUAUAAACCUGAUGUCCCACAAGUCAGCGUCGAUAAAAAGUGUGUGGAAGUGAAAUGCAGUGAAAUUUUAAACAAAAUAAUUGUACAAGCGAUGGACGGUUAUAGCCUUAUAUCGUACGCCGCGUUACAAUGUUUUAACUUGUUGCAAUCGUAA